CCUCGUUAUGUUCACAAACAAACAUCUUUUCUCUUUCUAGUUUCUAUCUUCCUCACAACUCCCCCUCUUCAAAAGGAACACUAUCUCCUUUUUUCUUCUUUGUACCCACCAGCCCCCAGGCAGCACCACCACCACAUCUCUCUCUCUCUCUCUCUCUGCAGAACAUAAACGUGGAAGCUUUUAUAGAAUAGAAUAUAUUCAAUAAAAGAGAAGAUUUGGCAACAAUUAAACGUAGUAGAAGAUGGGUUCACCUGCAGAUCUAAGCUUAGAUUGCAAGCCACAUAACUACUCUACUCUAUUGAACCCAUUUGGAGAUCAAACUGAUCAGACCCAGAAGCUGGAAGAUUUCUUAGCAAGUCUAGAGGAAGAACGUCUCAAGAUUGAUGCAUUUAAGCGUGAGCUACCCCUCUGCAUGCAACUCCUCAACAAAGAGAUGGAAGCAUCAAGGCAGCAAUUACAGACCUUCCGGACAAAUCGAAGAGCAAGAAUGGUUCUUGAAGAGUUCAUACCCAUCAAGAAUUCAAGUUGUGAAGGAUCAGAGAAGGUAUCUGAUGAGAAGGGUAGUUGGUUGACUACAGCACAAUUGUGGAGCCAAUCGAACGGACGAGGAGCUUUUCUUCCUUUUUCGAAAGAAAGGAACACAUGUACAAGUCCUACUACUUUAAGGGCUCUUCCAGAAUUAGCUCUUGGUACUAAUGAGAAAGAGAUGGAGGAAAAGAAAUGCAUUGAACCUGAUAAUGGUUUGUCUUGUUCGUCAAGGAGAUUAGAGAAUCCAAGUAAGGGUGGUGAUGAUGGAGGGAUAACGAUAGAACAAAUAAAGGGAGAUGGAAAUUCUGGUGAAGCACAAGCGACGAACACAACACAGACUCACAGGAAAGCUAGGAGGUGUUGGUCGCCGGAUUUGCACCGAAGAUUUGUCAAUGCCCUUCAAAUGUUGGGUGGCUCUCAAGUUGCCACACCAAAGCAAAUUAGAGAGUUGAUGAAGGUUGAUGGUCUCACCAAUGAUGAAGUUAAGAGCCAUUUACAGAAAUAUAGAUUGCACACAAGAAGGCCAAGUCCAAACCCACAAGCGGCAGGAGCAGCAGGUCCUCAGCUGGUGGUGUUAGGUGGGAUUUGGGUUCCACCGGAGUACACAACGGCAGCAGCUGCACACACAGCGGGCCCAGCCAUUUAUAGUGCACACCUAGCCUCCCAUGGUUCCAUACACUAUAGUACACAAGCAGUGCCCCAAGACUUCUAUCCACCACAUACAUCUCACCAUGUCCAGUUGCACCACACCCUUCAUCCCCACCAACACCAUCUGUAUAAGGCCUCGUCUCAGAUGCACAGCUCGCCGGAGUCCGAUGGGAGACCCGCAGGAGACGAUUCGGAGAGCAUUGAAGAUGGUAAGUCGGAGAGCAGCAGCUGGAAUAAGGGUGACAGUGGUGAGAAUGGUGAUGAAAAGAAGAGGGAGAGAAAGGGUUUGGCUUCUCUUAGAGACGAUGGGGAGGAGAGUAAUGGCAGUGAUAUUACUCUCAAGUUCUAGACUUCUAGUCUUCCUGAAGAACAAACAUUCGUACAGAUUUCCUUUUCUGGUUUUUAU